AUGCCAAAAGAAGAUACAUGUGGUAGCCAGAACACAAGACUCCAAUAUUCAGGGAACCAGCAGCAUCUCAAUUAUCAAGAGCGGCAAGAGAUGGGAUCUCUCCCCGUCCCGAGUGUGCAGGCCCUGGUGGCUGCCACCGGCGGAGACGAUGUGCCGCUGAGGUAUCUCCGGCCAGAGGCGGCAGCAGAGGCGGUCACCGGCGACGCCGACGGCGAGGCUCAGAUCCCCAUCAUCGACCACCAAAGGCUGCUGCUGGAGCUGGACCAUGGCGGCGAGGAGUCUGCACGCCUCCACAGAGCCUGCCAGGACUGGGGUUUCUUCCAGUUAGUUAACCACAGUGUCCCAGACGAUGUGGUGGAGAGUAUGAAGGCCAACAUCCAGCAAUUCUUCCAGCUAUCCGCAGAGACGAAGAAGCGGUUCGCUCAGGAGCAAGGGCAGCUAGAAGGCUACGGUCAACUGUUCGUCGUCUCUGAGGAUCAGAAGCUCGACUGGGCCGACAUGCUCUUCCUCUACACACAGCCACCUGAGAUGAGGAACACCAAGUUCUGGCCUGACCAGCCUGCUGCCUUCAGAUCGGCGCUGGAUAGAUAUUCUGAUGCGGUGAAGGAUGUAUCAGACUCCCUUUUGGCUACGAUGGCCAAGAACUUGGGUCUGAAACGAGAGGCGAUUGCUGACAAAUGCAUCCGUGGAAUGCAGAAAGUCAGAAUAAACUACUACCCACCAUGCGCCCAACCAGAGAAAGUCGUUGGCUUGUCCCCGCACUCUGAUGCUAAUCUCCUGACACUUGUCCUCCAAGUGAAUCAUGUCCAGGGCCUGCAGAUCAAGAGGAACGGCAGCUGGCUUCCUGUCAAGCCCGUCCCGGGCGCUUUCGUCGUCAACAUCGGAGAUAUGUUUGAGGUCUUGACGAACGGGAGGUACAGGAGCAUCGAGCACCGGGCUGUUGUCGACCCGAAGGAAGAACGGUUGUCGAUUGCGGCGUUCCAAUUCCCAAACAUCCACACCAUGAUAGGUCCUAUGAAGGAGUUGACCGCACACGAAGACGAUGCCUACAAGACAUUGGACCUCGAGAGCUUCAUGAGGACCUUCUUCUCGACCAAGCUCGAGGGGAAGAACUUCUUGGAGCAGAUGAAGCUAAACUAG